AUGUCGUACACGACUCUUUUGGGUCGUAUUGCCGUGGUUUGUCUUGUGGGACAGGCAUAUGGCGAUCUCAGACAUGGCUCAUCUGCGGUGAUGUCGUUGCGCCACACAACCCCAGUAGGGUAUUUCGCCAAUUUGGUUAUCACCACGGAUACCCGCGACGUAUUACUUCUCACUGCGGCGGAAAUUUCUAGCCUGCUCAAGAGGAAGCCGUUUGGAGGAUCCGAUAGGAGAUGGUUACAACAACUAGGGAUAUAUCUCCAGGUUUGGAAUGAUCGCCACGGCCAAGUUGUGGGGACUGAUGAUCUUUAUGUUGGCGAGCCUUCCGCAGAUCCGGAGUAUCUCUUGUGGUACCAUCGAGUUCUUGUGAAGUAUGUUACGGAUCCGACGGACUCAAAAUGCGAGGGUUUUCACGGUUCGCGAGACCUUGCGCCUCAUGGCCAGCGUACUUUCGACGCGGACUCCUUUGGUUAUGAUCGCUUAGGCGAGAUUGCCCAGGUUGCUGAGCGGGCGUUGUCCGUCAAUGCAACAAAUGUUGUACGUCACGAUCUCGAUAGGCAUGUUGAGGUUCAUGACAUUUUGAGUCAAGAAUUUGCACCUGUAGACCCGACCCAGCAACAUCCACCACCCAGACCUCCGAGGCGUUCGCGCAGGUCUCAGCGUGGGCGUGGGGGGCAAGAGACAAUCACAACAUCUCAGCCACAUCAGUCCUCCCAGCAUGAGCAGUCUCAUAUUUCCUUCACUGGCGGUUCAUCCCAUCAGUCUCCACAUCAGUCUCCACUCCAUUCUCGACAGCAUUCAGCCCAUCAGUCUCCACAUCAUUCAUCCCAUCAGUCUCCACAUCAUUCUUCGCCGACCCAACAGGCGUUUUACCGUCCGAUUAUGUCUCCCCAGCACCAGCAGUCCAAUUUUUCCUUCACUCAGUUUUCCUCCCCUCAGACUUCUCAGCGUCAGUUUGGAGAUUCUUUUAUUGACUUUUCUGGGUUUCAGCAGAGUUCGCUAGAUGGCCAGUCGAUACAUUACACGAGUAACUUUCUUUCGAGUAUGUUCGAGGGUGUUGCGGGUCAGCAUCAGGCUGAUAACCCAGCUGAGGUGAGCGUGAGAGUCAGGGUGAGGAUGAGGCUGAGGAUGAGGCUGAGGAUGAGGAUGAGGAUGAGGCUGAGGAUCCAAGACCAGGGAUGA